AUGCAGGCCGAAGACCUGGCGGACGUGCUGCGGGGCCUCGAAGAGGAGUUCGAGGCGGGCGAGAGGCUGGCCGAGGAGCGGCGUGGUGCGCGCCGGUGCCGCGCGAAAGGGAGGUCAGGACGUAAACCUACCGGGCUCGGCGCUCUCGGGGCGGCGCUGCCGCGGCAGGAGGAGGUGCGGGCUAUUAAGUCGCAGCAGAGGAGCGCCGCGCGGGAGCGGGAGCGGGCCAUACAGGGCAUCCAGGGCUCCCAAGGCGGCGGGGCGGCGGCAGGAGUCGGGGCGGACCGCGGCGCGGCCCUCCGCGGGGUCAUGGGGGGAUUCGGCGAGGAUGACAUGGACGUGACGGCGGCCGACGGCGACCCAGACUCGAUCGCCCUCCUCAUCGUCUGCCGGCAGCUCGACCAGGUCCGGCAGGCCAAUGAGGCAGGCGGCGACGGAGACGGGGAAGGUCAGCUCUGCCUGUUCAUCGGCGGCGAGGGCGGCACCGGCAAGUCGCGCGUCAUCGAGGCGCUCGUCGAGCUGCUCGCCCGGAGGGAGCUGUCGAGCCGGAUGCUAGUCACAGCGACGUCGGGCACGGCGGCAGCGCGGAUCAACGGCAUCACCCUCCACUCGGCCUGCGGCCUCGCCGUCGGCCAGGGCGGCCAGGCGGGAGGGGCGACCAAGGGGGUGGACGGCGUGCGGCUGCCGGGCGCGGGCGAGCGCUUCGUCGACGGCCGGUCGCGCAUGGACUGGCGGGAGAAGGAGGUGCUGGUGGUCGACGAGGUCAGCAUGCUCGGGGCGCGCACGCUAUACGCCGCCAACGAGCAGCUCUGCCGGCUGCGGGGGUUCCGGCCGGUGCAGGAGCGGUCGAUCCUGCUGCCGAGCGCGGCGGUGUCGUGGGACGAGGACAGGGCCUUCACGGCCGAGCAGCGGCGGCAGCACGACAAGGCGCACGCGCUCUGGCGGCGGUUCACGACGGUCACCAUGCUCGACGAGCAGAUGCGGGCCGCCGGCGACCCCGAGCUGCGGCGCCUGCUCGGGCGGAUCCGGCGGGGCGAGCAGGACCGGUCGGACCUCGAGCUGCUCAACUCGAGGUGCCACCGGCCCGGCAGGCGGAUCCCGUGGGAGACAGGCGUGACGGUGGUCACGCCGCUCAACCGGAACCGCUGGAACCUCAACCUCGAGGCGGCGCUCGCGUUCCGGGCGCGGCAGCGGACGGCGGCGCGCGUCUUCCUCUCCGAGCACAAGUGGAAGGACGGCACGCCGACGGAGGAGGAGGCGGUGCUGAUGCUCGGCCAGGGCGACGACAGCGCGACGCCGGUGCCGGCCGUCUUCGUCUUCGUGCCGGGCAUGCCGGUCGUCGUGAACCAGAACACGCACCAGGGGCUGAAGGUGCUGACGGUGCACUUCGGGCCGCCGGCGGGCAUCGUGCUGGCGUCGGAGACGACCAGGGACCUCCACUUCGUCGGGAUGCCGUCCGGGACGAUCCUGCUGACGCCCAUCACCGUCAAGAUCACGGCGCAGCGGAAGCGGCCCUGGCAGCGCAACGACGUCGGCCGGCGCGGCCUGCCGUGCGCCGCGGCCUUCGCCUGCACCGACUACAAGGUGCAGGGCGGGACGAUCGAGCGCGUCGCGCUCGAGCUGCGGGGCGAGGACGACGACGGUCGAGGGCAGGGCGGUGGCGUCGCCGUGCGACCCGUACAGCCUCUACGUGCAGCUCUCGCGGUGCCCGACGCUCGACGGCAUCAUGCUCGUAUCGGAGGUGCGGGAGCGGGACCUUAUAGGAACCGGGUGCCCGGGGAAAUGACAGCGGCGCAGGCCCGGCUAGAGGAGCUAAGCAAGCAGACAACACAGGAAGCAGGUAGCCUACUCCGCAGCUAA